CGUAGAUCUUACGCUCAUCCUAAUUAUCCUCACUGUGCCGUGAAACCUGCUCGGACCUCUUCACACUCACACAGGCACAGCUUCGUAUCUUCGCCGGAGUGCUCGGCCUGUCUCCGACCGCAAUGUCCCGUCCGACCUCAUUCCAAUCUCCAUCUCUUCUUCAAUCUACAUCCCAAUUUCUUCCCAUCACUGUCUGGUCUCCCUUUCAACAACCCCCAACUUCCCCUCCCCUCCCCUCCAGCUUCAAAUCUCACUGCGCAGAGCCAGAAACCCCAUUCCUCACAGCUGCUCCGCCAUCUCCGGCAGCUCAUCACCCGUGGAAUCCUCUCCGUCUCCGCCGACCAUCAUUUUCAUCAAAGGGGUAGCCCUGUCAGCCACCGAGGUACGGCUGGAGAGAUCAGCCGAGUGAAAUUAAUAGUGGACAAGAGAACGAAUGAGUCACUGGGAUUCGCCUAUGUGUGGUUUGCUAGCGAAGAGUCUGCCCAUCUCGCUGUGCAAGGAAUGAAUGGAAAGGUAUAUCAUUAUUGAAUUCACAUCGGGGAAAACAUAACCAAGAGUGUGUCUUAUUGAUCAUAGUUGCAUCCAUUUUGGGCUCCAACUUUUGUUUGUGUUUCUAGUCCAGUUCUUUGAUGGGAGGUUCGUCCUAGUUACCAUUGCAACGCCUGGUUCUUGCAAAAUCGCCAGCAAUAGAACAAUAGCUCACUUCAGGUUUUGACUUUUGAUUAUUAGCGACCAAGGUAAAGUGA